AUGGCCAACAAAGAAUACACCGAAGAGGAGCUGAAUUAUUUUCGUGUUUGCUACAUUACCACCCACAUCAUCAGGGAAGGUCUUAAAGAACUGUUUAAACGUGAAUGGGACCGACACUACAGUCCUGGGUUUGGUUUAUGGCAAGAUACUGCAAGAAAUGGGCAGGAUUUCUUUAGAAUGGAAUCAAAAAAGAGUCGUUCAAAAAAUUCAAGACUCUUGAGUAUCAUUCAAAAUGGAAACAGAGAAGAAUGGGAUUGCACCUGCUUUUUCUUUGCAAUUCUCUACUCUGACACCCUGGGGCCUUUAAUAAGCGCAGCAGUUUUCAACGAUGUAGACAAUUUGCGAAUGUUCCGUAAUGAAGUAUUUGCGCAUCGUUCUAAAGCUUGUUUUCCUGAAGCAGAGUUUCAGAGAUGUGUAUCCAAAGUGUCAAAUGCAUUCGCGUCUCUUCAUCUUUCCACUGUAGAACUGCAGAGAAUAAUCAACCAAAACAGUUUCCCUACUGAAGAGCUUCAGAAGCUUCAAGAGCAGGUUACGGUCUUGGAGGAUGAGCUACAAGGUAAACCUAAAUCUUUCAAGAUUCUUCCACAGGCGCCAUCACAUGCGGUUGUCGAAAGGAAAGUGGAAGUUGAAAACAUCUUGCAGAAAUUCACAGAUCUCGUGAAGAUCAAUGAAGGGGAUUCUAUUGUUACGAUUUAUAUCUCUGGUAAUCCAGGAUGUGGCAAAAGUCAAGUUGCUCGCGAAGUUGGGAGACAGUUCUUUGAAAGGGAAGCCGCUAAGAUUAUCCAUGAUAGUUGUACGCUUGUCAUGACCUUAAAUUCUGAAAGUGAACAGUCCAUGUUAGAUUCUUACCACACGUUUGCCCGCAAUGUUGGUGUCACUGAAUAUUCCCUGAACAAUAUCACAGGAGGGGACUCAGUUUUGUUGCCCUGUGAAAAGAUCUCUCAUCUGAAAACUCUUGUUUCUUACAAAAUGGAAAACUAUUCCAGUUGGUUGCUUGUAUAUGACAAUGUCAAUGAACUCAACAGCAUUAGAGAUUACUUGCCUGAUGAGCAUUGGGGAGGUUGUGGACAGGUUGUCGUUACUACCCAGGACAGUAUUAACAUACCAGAAGCUGAUCCUCUUUGUGCAAGUGUUUCUCUUAGUGAGGGAAUGAAGUUUGAAGAUGCUAGAAUUCUACUUCGAAAGAUUUGUGGGUUUUCAAGUGAUAGUGAAGAAGAGUCCUUAGUACUGAAUGCUUUGGACUAUCAACCUUUGGCUAUUGCCUGUGCUGCAAUUUAUGUUCGUUUCAUUCGAGUGAACCAGAAGUCAAGCUCUAGUAAUGCUUGGAAAGAAUACCUGAAGAAACUGGAAACUUUGGAAAAGCGAGCUUCUACAGAGAGAGCGUAUAAACGGUCGAGCAAGUCUUAUCGAUCUUCAAUGACUGCUGCUGUAACUUUGGCGUUAGAAAAACUGGUACAAGAGCCAACGUUUGAACACGUGGUUCCAUUUCUUGCCUUGGGCUCCCCUGCACCUGUCAAUUUGGAUUUAAUUGUCCGUUAUCUUACAAAGCAAGAUCCAGAUUGCGAUAAAGACUUUGCUGCUGCUGAAAUUGUAAAAUGCUCCUUGCUAAUGAUGGUGUCCUGCUCAGAUGACAUUUCAAAGAUACAAGUGAAGAUGCAUCAAGUUGUUCAUGAAGUCUUUAAGAAAUACCUUAUUGAUAAGUAUAGUGAGGAGCAGAUUGCAGAAUUCAUUCUUUUGUACAUUGAAACUCUCUCUGCCUCUGCACAACAUGACCCACAUCAUUUUGAUCUGAAAUUCCAUAUGACCUCUAAAAUGAUGGUUCUUCAUUUGAAAUUACUUCUUGAUUGGCCUAAAGAGGUUUGGAAAUUGGCCCUGGCAAAGAUCGGACAAAGGAGUCCUCUGCAAAGUACUUUGUUCUGUUUUGGCGACAUUUGCAGGAAGCAUUUUUUCCUCUCAGAAGGUGGGAGAUAUUUCAGUUAUGCCUUGCAAAUUGCUAAAGAUGACUAUGACAGUGAAGAUAUAAAGAAAAUCGGUUUUAUUGCCACUAUCAUAAACAACCAAGGUUUGAUAUUCCAUGAAAAUGGCGAGUUUCAAAUGGCUGAGCUGUAUUACAGGCGUGCCCUAGAUAUCAUAAGGAGACUACAACCAUCACAAAAAUGUUCGCCAGAAAUUGCAGAUUCUCUCAACAAACUGGGAACACUCUACUACACUUUUACUUACAAAGAAAUUGCCUAUAUGGAAAGAGUAAAACGAGAGUACUUACUGCAGCAAUACGGUCUUGAGUCGUGUGAAGAAGACUUCAGUUUCGCCCGCCGUGCAACAGGUUAUAUAGCAAAAGCAAAAGACCACUUUCAGCAAUCUCUUGACAUGAGAAAACAGCUAUAUGGUCAUGAACAUCCUGAAGUUGUGGCUUCACUAACGAAUGUUGGUUCAAUCUACAGCGUAAUGGGUGACCUACAAACUGCAAAGGAGUUGUUCCAAAGAUCGCAUGUUCUCAAUGAAAAGAUUUAUGGUGAAGAACACCCAUGUGUUGCCGAUUCCUUGAACAAUCUUGGAGUCGUAAACAGCAAAAUGGGUCUCGCUGUGGAGGCAAUUCAGUACCUUGAUAAGGCAUUGGAAAUGAGAAAGAAGCUCUUUUUUUAUGAUCAUGCUGUGAUAGCUGAUUCAUAUAAUAACCUUGCUCUUGCUUACCAAAACAACGGUCAACUUGAUCAAGCAAAAGAAUGCUUCAAAGAAGCAUUGCGUAUCAGACAAAAAAUCUCAGGAAAAGAACACGCAUCGGUGGCAGGAGUCUUGUUCAAUUUCAGUAACCUGUACUUGAACUUGGGUGAAGUCAAGAAGGCUAAAGUCCUCAAUGAUCGUGCACGGCAGAUAAUGGAUAGUUUUAAUCGAUCAGGAUGGCUUCGAAGAGGAUUUAUUCCAAUAGGAGAACCUGGUGAACACUUCAAAUCUUGCAUGCGUAGCCGUUAUGCAUAUGCUGUUUUUCAAGCAAGCUGCUCUGUUGACCCCCUCCCUCCCGAAAGAUUUGCCAUAACAUGCCAAAACGAAAGUCCAUGA